AUGAGAAUAUAUAUUGAUUAAAGUCACAGGCACGUCUCCGUCGACUAAACACAACUCAACGCUGGAGUGUGACAGAAGGCCCCGGCGUCCCCUCAUCGACCGCUUCCUCCUGUGUUCAGACCUGCGGAAGAAUCUGUCUGGGACACAUCAGCCCGUGACCCGAACCUGAUCGCCUGCAGCCCAUCCAUCCAUCCAGCCGAGUCCCCCCCGCCGCCCCCGCCCUCCAUCCAGACAUCCAUCGUCUCCUCCCUGCACCAACAAACUCUUCUGCACAAUCCAUGGACCAAUCAAAAUGAGACUCCAUAAGAUCCCUGUUUCCCUGUUCUUCCCCUCGCUGCCCCGCCCUCUGCUCCACUGCUGCUGCCGCUCAGCUCUCUUAGCCAAUCACAGCACAGCAUCACACAGACGCCUCGGCACUGACAGCCACGCCCCUCAUCAUGUGACUGGUCAGGACUCACUGGAGGUGUUGGGCCACUCCUAUCCCCGCGACGACUUCACCAACGUCACGCCGAAGAUCUUGGAGAAGGUCGGCCGCAACCUCCACAACCAAUCCCAUCAUCCUCUGUGGCUGAUCAAGGAGCGAAUCAAAGCUCACAUUUACAGCUCUUACGUCGGCCGCUGGGGAAACCCUCUGUUCUCCGUCCAUGAUAACUUGAGUCCUGUGGUCACUCUGGAGCAGAACUUUGACAGCUUACUUAUCCCGCCCGACCACCCCAGCAGGAAACGAGGAGAUAACUACUACCUGAACAGAAAAACGAUGCUUCGCGCUCACACAUCUGCCCACCAGAGGGAGCUGGUGAGGUCCGGCCUGGAUGCUUUCUUAUUGGCCGGAGACGUUUACAGACGGGAUGAGAUCGACACCAGUCACUACCCAGUCUUCCACCAAAUGGAGGGCGUCCGACUCUUCUCCAACCACGAGCUGUUUUCGAAGGUGCAGAACGGCGAGGAGCUGUCUCUGUUUGAGCGAGGCGGUCGGCGGACGCCAAACAAACAGGAGGCCCACACUCUGGAGGCCGUCAAGCUGGUGGAAUUCGACCUGAAACACACUCUGACCAGACUCGUCGCACACCUGUUCGGAGAAGAUCUGGAGAUCCGGUGGGUGGACUGUUACUUCCCCUUCACUCAUCCCUCCUUUGAGAUGGAGGUGCGUUUCCAGGGAGACUGGAUGGAGGUGCUGGGCUGCGGAGUGAUGGAGCAGGAGCUGCUGAACUCUGCGGGGGCGGGGAACAAGGCCGGAUGGGCUUUCGGUCUCGGUCUGGAGAGACUGGCGAUGGUGUUGUACGGCAUCCCGGACAUCCGGCUGUUCUGGAGUCAGGACGAACGUUUCCUCGAACAGUUCAGGGUUCAGGACAUCGAGCAGCCCGUCUGCUUCCAGGCCCUCAGUAAGUACCCCCCCCUCCACAAUGACAUCUCCUUCUGGCUGCCUGAGAGCAAAGAGAGCGAGGACGGGCAAGAGAGCUUCACAGAGAACGACUUCUACGAGCUGGUGCGCUCCGUCGGAGGAGACCUUGUGGAGAAAGUCACUCUGGUAGACGAGUUCACACACCCAAAGACCAGGAGGCGGAGUCAGUGUUACCGCAUCAUCUACCGUCACAUGGAGCGGACUCUGUCCCAGCAGGAGGUCAGACUCGUCCACGAGCAAAUCGAACGCUCCGCCCAGACUGAGUUGGGCGUUCAGGGCAGAUACUGACACAUUCACACGUGACAGGUAUGAACUUCCUCCUCUCUCCUGUGUUUCUCUUUUCAGGCUAAGAAAUAGAUGCCUAUGGCGGUCCUGCAUCCAUACUUUUAAUUCAUUUUGCUCUCUCAGGUUUACGGCUAGCAUCAACCUAUCUAUCUUGUAUUUCCAGAGUGUCAGGAGCACAAACAAACAUAGAGAUAAUCUAAACUUACCAUGUUGUGGUCUGGCCGAUAACAGUAGGCAGAGUCCUGUUUUGUCUUCUAGUUCACCAGAAUGUUUUUUCCGUUAUUUCGAGAAAACAACUUUCGAUAUCUCCAAAUAACGAGAAAAUUAAUUAACAUCGCAAGAACACAACUGAAAUGAACUCAGUAUGUGUUCGUGCCUCUGGUUAACAAAAACAAGCAGAUGAAAGUCCUGUCAGUGUGAACAGAAAGCUGAGAACAACAAACCCAGAGGGAGUUUGACUUCAGUCUCUGUUUAGGAAGUCUUUCCUCCACAAUAUAUUUACAUGAGGUUUAAUUGAUUUUUGCUGUAUUGACAUACAGACUGUAGCAUAUUAAAUAAUUAAAUCUGAAAUUAAAAAGUAGUCAGUUUUCAAGCACUUCAGCCUGAAGUUACAGAGAAAGAUAUUAGUUUUAUCUGAACAUGAAUAAACACUGAACACACAAAAACAUGAACUCUAAGAACCAUAAAAAGUUUUCUUUGUUAUUUUAAGCGGAAAGUAUUUGUUGCUUUACCUGAAGCUUUGGUUUUGUGUUUUAGUUUUUUCAAGGUUUGAAUCUUUAGUUUGGACAUUAAAUCUGUUUCCCACA